AUGGGCGAGCAGCCAAAGUUGCAGUUGAGCGUCGGGCGCGCAGGGGCCGCCAGCAGACGGGCCGAACAGGUGCUCAAUUCAAUCACGCACGCAACGCACCGACUCCAAAGCUUGUCUUGUCAAUCGCCACCGGCUCCGCUUACAACACACGAACACACCCCCGCAGACGCACGAGAUCAGGAUCCACGCGAAGGAGUAGAAAACAGUCAAUUGGAGCGAGGCAGGAGACGUGUCUGCCAGUGUGCAGUGCAGCUCUCACGUUUAUUACGGCUGCCUGAGAGCCGGUGCGAUAACGCAAAAUCAACAAGAGCAGAAAAGGGAAGGGAGGAAAAAUAAAAUAAAAAAAGCUCCUUAUCGCAUGCAGCGCCGAGAGAGAAGCAGGCGCGAGCAAUAAUACAGUAAUUUCCUACUCGCGGUGGUGGCGGGCGUUUGUUUUUCGGUCUCCACGCGGCCAGUCCGUGUUAUUUUGUGUGCGUCUUUGCAACCACAGGUGGUCACGUGACACUGCGCUCUUUAUCUGCAGAGGAUGUGAGCUGAGCCCCAGUUAGUUGACACUUCUUUGCAUUCGUUCCUUCGCCAGUGAGAGAGAAAGAGAGAGAGAGAGAGAGAGAGAAAGAAAGUAAUUACGAUGCAGCAGCCGGAGAUAAAGGAAAAGGAGCCGCCGUUUUCGGCCCAAAUCCGCUGGCCCGACCUGUUCGUGCAGAUUUUCCUGCACGCCGGCGCCUUCGCCGGACUGUGUCUCGUGCUCGCCGGAUAUGUCGACCACAGGACCACCAUUGCAGCGGUGCUGUUUGUGAUCGCGUCAGGCUUCGGAAUCACGGCUGGGGCGCACCGCCUGUGGUCGCACAAGGCCUACAAGGCCAAUAGACCCUUGUCGGUGCUCCUCAUGUUUCUCUUCACCAUCACAGGACAGAGGGACGCGUACACGUGGGCAAAAGACCACCGUGUGCACCACAAGUACAGCGAGACGAACGCCGACCCGCACGACGCGCGGCGCGGCUUCUGGUUCGCGCACGUCGGCUGGUUGGUGCUGACGCCGCGGCCCGAGGUUGAGCAGCGCCGGCAACAGGUCGACGUCUCCGACCUGCUGGCCGACCCCGUGGUCAUGUGGCAGCGACGGCUGUUCGUGCCGCUGUUUGCCCUUCUGGCCAUCGCGCUGCCCGUGGCGCCACCAGUGCUGCUCUGGGCCGAGCGGCCCCUCGUCUCCUUCCUUGUCAUGUUCAACCUGCGAUUCUGCACCACCCUCAACAUCGCCUUCUUCGUCAACAGCGCCGCCCACAUGUGGGGAAACAAGCCUUAUGACAAACACAUCAGUCCUACCGAGAACGCAUUUGUGUCGCUGGCAGCGCUGGGCGAGGGGUGGCACAACUACCACCACGUCUUCCCGUGGGACUACCGGACAGGCGAGCUGGGCCGGCCGCUGAACCCGUCGACGGCGCUGAUCGACUUUUUUGCCCGCAUCGGCUGGGCCUACGAAUGCAAGGCGGUGCCGGCGGCGCUGGUGCGGCGCCGCGCCCUUCGCACCGGCGACGGCUCCGACCACCCCAACCUCUGGGGCUGGGGCGACAAGGACAUGCCCAAGGACGAGCUCCGUGUCUGUCUCAACGCCUGUGAAAAUUAAAUUAGUACGAAGAAAAUGGAGCGCUGGAACUGGCUUUUGCACGUGGAAAUGGUGGAAAUACUUAUUUUAAUGAAAACCACACACUUGGCCCCCUUUAGACAGCUGGAGUUGUGAACCUAAAAACCCUGGUUGCAGACAAAAUAAUGGAAAUGUCUGUGGAGUAGCGAUAUUUGACGAAAAUCUGCUCUUUUUUAUUCUUUUUGAGGUUCUUGACUGUCUGAAACAGGAAGCCAAGUGUGUGUUUUUCAAGAGCGGAGAAAAGGAAACAUGAAAAUGGCCGUUAAAACCUCUUAAACCGUCUAUCUCACAUGUGUACGACAACCGUUUUGAUUUUAACGGCAAAAAGGUGUCGAAAAAACGUUAUUUUGUUCAAUCCACACACUUAGCCCCCCUUCGAAUGCUGGAGUCGUUAUCCUUGAGUCCCUUGGGGCAGGCAGAAAAUAUAAAAAUGUCUCUGUUUAAUUAGAGGAGUUGAACUAAUUUAAAAAAAAUGGCUGCCUGAGACUCUAAACUCGAGACUCCGGUCCAAGGAAGGGGGUCAAGAGUGUUUAUUAAAGUGUGGUGGCACUGAAAAUAGACAAAAUAGUCGGAAUGAACUGCUGGAGUAGAGGUUUGUGGCCGUGCGAGCGUAACAACUCCUCCCUUGGCCCGAAACCCUGACUCCUACCCAAGGAAGGGGGCCCAGUAUUUUUUGUAUAGUUUUUUUCACACCAUAUAUGAUCUAAAUAUGGAGGAAAUGACCCAGUUAAGCUGUCUUAGACUAAAUGACUUCGCAUUUUUACUGGAUUAUCAGUCCAAAUAAAAGGCCAUUGGAAAAAUAAUGCCGUUCAUUAAAACCCACACACUUGGCCCCAUCCAGCAGCUGGAGUUGUGAUUCACGUGUCCCUGUAAGUAUGCAGUAGAGGUUAACAAUUGUACUGAGAAGGAAUCUUGCCGGUUGUUGUAACUCCAGACCGUGCGAGGGGGUCAAGUGUGGUGUGACACAUUUAAAGCAGAAUUAGGCAAUUUUGUGGCAAGGCCUAUUGAAAGAUAAUCAUGGACUGCAAUUGCUGCCUUUAUAGCUGUUAGUUUUCGUGCUUCCGCACCAUGGUCUUCAGAAGACGCUUCUCUAAAAAAAUGUGUUUCUAUUUUCAAGCUGCAAACGCACCGCUCUGAAAAUUUUCAAAAUUUUUUGAUUUAACUUUGAGUGACGUUUGAGUGUGACGGGUGCAAUAUACUGCAUUUCAAGCUGUUUUGUUCAUUUAAAGACUGAAAUAAAUAGCCAUUUUCCUUGUAAAUUAUAUUAUGUAGAAUUAAAUUUCUGCAUUUGCAGCCAGAAGAGUACAGUAAAAUUAGAUUAAUUUAAAAAAAAUAACUUGUAAUUAAUUAAGUGUAGCGUUAUAAUUUGUAGAUGUAUAUUUGAAAAAUAAAUUAUUUGGUUAAAUA